CGCGGCGCGAGGGCUCAGGGAGGUGGCCGGCCGGGGCUGGGCAGGAAGCGGGCUCGAGCUCCCGCCAGUGCCCAAGAACGUUCUUUCCUCCUCCUUCUUUACCUUCCCCUUCUCCCUCCCAUCUCGCUCCGCUCCGGCCGCAGACUCGGGAAGAGACAGGGUGACAUGAGAGAUUCGACUGCGCCCUGCCCUGGACAGCUUUCAAAUAGAAGACUUAACCCCUAAAGAGACUGCAGUGGGUUUCAGGAUGGCAAAAGAAGAGCCCCCGAGUACCUCAAAGGAUUUGCAGGAGCUGCAGAGGAAGCUGUCUUUGCUGAUAGAGUCUAUCCAGAAUAACUCAAAGGUGGUUGCCUUUAUGAAGUCUCCAGUGGGUCAGUACCUGGACAGGCAUCCUUUUUUGGCCCUCACUAUGCUGGUGUUUGUUGCUGUGUCGGCCGUUCCUGUUGGAUUCUUCCUACUCCUUGUGGUGCUUACCUCCCUGGCUGCUCUUGUCGGAGUCAUUUUACUGGAAGGACUGGUCAUCUCUGUGGGCGGCCUCUCACUGCUUUGUGUCCUCUGUGGCUUGAGCUUUGUGUCAGUCAUCAUGUCGGGGACAAUCAUGGUGUCCUACGUGAUGGUCUCCAGCCUUGUCAACUACUGGUUUUCUCCCAGGGGAUUGCUGGUCUUAAAUUGCAUGAGUACAGGGAAGAAGUGACUGAAUACCUCAAGUUCUCAGGUAGAUGAUGAAGCCUAGGGUUGCCGCAAGGCCUGCUAAGGCAGCCACAGCCACCACAGUCUUCAAAGCCAUGUAUCCGGCAGCCCCGUACCCUUUUGAGUCCCCAACAUCUGGGAAGGAAGCAGACAUUCAAGUCUUAAGAUCAUUUCAAUCAAAAGGCCUAAGUCCAAGCCUUAGGUUCCCCAGAGAAGUGCAAUUAAACCUCUAAUGUUUCUUUCGGGAAGCUUGCAA